AUUUACUAUACAAGUUGCAUUUGCCAUACAUGACAGCAGAAUUGGCCAAAGUUAAAAUAUUUUUGCAGCUAGUGUACUAUUUUUGCAAUGCCAGCUAUCAUAGCACCAUUUCUUCUCUUCCAAAAUCGUUUGUCGACUCGCCACUUUUGGCGCAAGGAUGGAUUCCAUUAAGAGAUUUGGCAACUUUCAAAAAAAUGAAAGGCUUGAUAACCCAGCCAGCAGAUAUUGCUGAAUCGAUCAUAUAUUCCUCAUCAGAAUUGUUUGAACUCUCAGUAGAUGGUGUUUAUCUGCGCCGUAAAACUGAAUUUGUCGCAAGCAAAGUGUUUAAAGAAAUGUUUAAUAUUUCACUGCUAGCUGGAUAUGCUAUGGAGGCCGUUGGAUUUGAUCAGCUUGUCACCGUUGUAGAAGUUGAGGCUUAUUUCAGUCGUUUUGGCGAGAUUCAAAAUGUUUCCAAGCAUAUUGGCAUAUCUACAUGGGAUGAAAGAUACAAUCUGUCAUUUUUCAUCGAGUUCAAAGAACUAGAUAGUAUGAUCAAGUCACUGGCUGCCACGCAUAUGUAUGAGGACUCAUCUAUCCAAGUACGAGCACAUCGAAAACCGGAUGUAUCUGCAGCAAUGGUCGUAAUUUCUCAAGCCGGAUCUACAUAUCCAAAAGGAAAAAUCGUAGAGUUUAAACUUGUUUCUGACGUGAUUGAAUCUGUGGAGCAGUAUUCUAUUCAAGAACAAUUUGAAAAAUAUGCCACUGUCGCCAUGAUAGACUACGUCAAAGGAAAUGCGACUGGAUACAUUGAGUUCAAGCAGUCUGUUGCGCUUGAAGCCAUUUCAGUUAUUUUUAAUAAUGGCGGGUUGCACAUUCAAGGUGAACCCAUACAGUUACGUGCGCUUGUGGAAGAUGAAGAGCAAAUGUACUGGAUGGUAAAAGCUGAGAAGCAAAUGAUUCAAGGACCAAACCGGAUAUCUGUUUUAGAUCUUGCACAUGCAGCCAAAUUUUCCAAGCAGGCAAUACAACAACAAAAAAUCACUAUUAGGCGCAAAGGAAAAGCCAAAAAAAUCAAAGGCAGAACAAAGACAGGCACUAAUAGAUUGACAAAGUAUCAUAGCCGAGAGAUCAAAGACUGUGAUUCUAAAUUGACAGAUACAGCCAAAAGUACCAACAUACAUAUUGACGAGACUGUCCUUUCUGCACUCGGCGUAAAACAUGGCAAGAAUGGUGUUGGUAAAACUACUAAAACUUUAAAGUUUAACAAAAAGUUUCAUAACCUCAAACGUCAUGGCACAUCUGACUCGAAUGCAAUGCAAAACCUGCUUGAAGGAUUUGAUCGCAUUUAAGAUCGCUGCCGUACUCGCAUAACAUGGAACACUUGUAUUUAUCUUGCAUUGGCUUCCACUAUUUUGUUUCGGAA